AUGGCUCGUCUCAGAAGCGAAGUUGAAGAAGGUUUCAUCGUCACACACAAAAUUUGAAAAAGCAAAGAAGAAAAAUCUAUAAAAGAUUCUGUGUUUGAGCUUUAUCAACUGAUGAAUUAUGAGGAAAAUUCUGCUUUAAACCAAAAAUUCAAAAUAAUAAUUAAAAGCAUUAUUUGGAGCCUCCAAAUUGUAAGUCUGCUAUGAAUCCCAGACCUCCCUGUUAAAAAUUGACACAAAAAUAUGAUUAUAUGAGAUAUCAUUGGUUAUUUGAAAUUUGAUAACACUUGCUCAAUGCUUGGAGUAUUUGACUGGUGUUUUUAUCUGUCCAUGCUACUAGCAUAUGGUAAUUUUAUUGUCCUAAUUAUUUUUGUUAUUAUUAUUUAUUAUUCUUAUCCAUACCCCAGGCUAGCUCUCAAUAUAUUUUCAAGAAUUAUUUAUAUUUGAUUAAAUUUUUUUUUGGUUCCUUCUAUUCAGAUAUUUUCCAUUUUUCUAAAGUAUAGUUUUCUGCCGAAAACUAAAGUAUCAGAAUAUGAAAAUCACAGUGAAUUAGGAGAAUUUAGUAUGGUUUCUCCAUUGCAAAUAAGUAUUGUUUUUGCAAUAUUAAUUACUUUUAUUUUGAAAUUAUUUCAAGUGGAAUUUUCAGGAGAAAUCAGGCAUUCUGUAAAUAAAAUAAAAAUAAAUGCAAAAGCUCACUCAAAAAUAGACGUUCAUAUAGCUAUUUUUACUUUUUUUUCCCCAAUAGUUUAUGUGAUGCUUGCUGAAAAUUAUAUUAUUUAUUUACAAAUUUUAGUCAUUAUUUUUGCAAUUCUUUUAAUUACAGAAACUAUAGAACUUUUGCCUUAUUUUUCGAUUUUUCUCAAUUCUGUAAUACUAAUACGGCUAUAUUUUAUUGGCUUUAUUGCUUCGAUUUUUCUUUUAGGAAGCCUUAUGGAUAAUUCCUUGGCUAUUUCUAUGCUAGCAGUUAUUUUAGUGCCAUUAUCAGCUAUUUUUGUAAUCCAAUUUUCCCUUAAAUCUCAAAAAGAAACUACUCAAGCUAUUCCUGAAGAUUUAAUAGAAAUAGAGUCUCAAUAUACCUUAGUCCUCUUCUUUGUGAACGUGCAAAUGUUUGCUUGUAAAUAAGGAAUUAUUUGCAAUUAAUAAAAUUACCAUGAUUUUCUACUUAUUUUGAGUCUCCCACAGUAGGAGGAAGUUAGAAAAAUCUCUCAGAUAUGCAUUAUGCUCAAAUGAUGCAGAGCAUAAAGACCAAAUAAUCAGAGUCUUUGAGAAUUUUUUUAUACAAAAAGGUUUAAAUGGGAAUAAGCUUCAAGCUAUAUGAGCAGCGAAUUACUGUUUAUAUACACUAAAAGAUGAAUCUUUAGCAAAAAUCAAGCUCAGCAAAACCAAAAAUAUUUUAGACUGAAGCUUAGAGUCUAACUAUCAAGAAUAUUUAUGCCAGAAAAAUAUUUCCAAUACAUGCCUAUCUGAAGACUCACAAUUUUCUGAUUAUUUUCUGCAAAGCAUUAUAGUUAAAAAUGAAGAAAAACAAUUAUGCAUAAAUUUGCUUCUUUUUUGAAGCGAAAUUACAUCACAUGAGCCAAAUCUUCCAAAAUUAAGAAAAAAACUUUACUCUAUUGAAGACGAAAUUUUGCUAUUAAAUAAAAAAUAUGACCAGUUAAUUACGAAAUUCCCAAAUUCCAAAAGCUUACUCUCUCUUUAUCAUUCAUAUUGCAAAGAUAUUAUUUAUAACACAGAAAAGUCAAUUUCUCUUGAGGCUAAGCUGAGAUCUGUUGAUAAAGCUCUUACUCCCCCCCCCCCCUCCGUGAGCGAACAAAAAAAUUUUGUUCGCUCACGGAGGGGGGUUAAUUUUUUUUUUUUAAAAAAAUUUAUAUAUAAAUUUUAUAAAAAAUAUUUUUUUCGAAAUUUAAAAAAAUCCUAAUUUGCAAAAAUUGGGAAGCAAAUAUUAAUUUAAUUUGCAAAAUUUAUGUUUUAAAACGCAAUUUGUUUAAAAUUAAACAGAAUUAGCUCUAGAUUUCAUUAUACUAAUUAUCACUUAUAUAUCCAAAUUUUUUUCCAUUAAAAUUUUUUCUAUUAAAAAAAUUUUUGUUCACUCACGGAGGGUGGGUUUUUGGUCAAAAAAUGGCGAUUUUUCUAAUGGUUUUUGUUCGCUCACGGAGGGGGGGGGGGGGGAGUUAAAAAUUUUAAUGGGGAUUCUAAAGAAUUUAGUUUUUUUAAUGAAAAUAAUGGAACUCUUAUUAUUUCCAAUGAGGACAGGAAUUUUGGUGAAAUUGUAUAUGCAGACCAAAAAGCGGCAGAAUUUUUGAAACUCCCAAUUGGUAAUAUUGAAAAUGAAAACUUUUCAAAUUUUAUUCAUCCUUAUUAUAAAGAUAAAUUCAGGGAGGAUACUAAAUGAUUCAUUCAUUAUAGCUCUUUUUCAGGAAUGGAUCUAACUCUCUAUUAAUAAUAAACCUUUUUUUCUAUACUUUUUUUAAUUAUGUUUUUAUUUUGAGAAAAUUUAUAUUUAUAAUAAAAUUAAAAGUAACAUUUUAUUCCCAAAAAUAUGGCUAACGGAAAGGAAAGUAAGCAAAGGAUUUUUUUUGAUAAAAGAUGGAAACAUUCUAUUACAGCUUGAAGGAAAAGUAUUAUUAACUUCAAUCAAUAAUUUGCUUAUGGCUAUACUGGUCUUUAAGCCAAAAAGCUCUAAGCAUGAGGUUGCAUUGAUAUCUGAAGCACAAGAAAUCAUCUGCCACUCAGAUAAUUUCUCAAAAUCUAUAGGAAAAUCUGAAAGCUUAGUCGGAUUAAGCCUGAAAAAUUUAUUUUUUAAUUCAGAAGAAAUCAGCUUACAGCCAGAUAUUCCUUACCAUUUACCAAGCCUAAAAACAUAUAUUAUUCUGUCUUAUUCAAAAUUUUACGAAAUAAAAAUACCUUACGUUAUCUUAAUAAAUGACUAUGACGAGGUCUUAAAAUGAAAAAAUGGAAUCUCCCAAAGCAAUAAUGACCAAAUCCAAGCACCAACUCAAUUUUUAUCUUUAAACUUAUCAGGAUCUUUAAGCUCUAACAAAACUGAUGGCUCUUUUAAUAAAGGGAGUCAGAAUUCAGACGAAAAUUUAAAUUCAAAAAGACCUUUACAUAAAAAUUCAAAGGAAUUCCAAGGAAAAAAUGCUGAUGAUAUUUCUGAAAAAUUUGGCAGCGAAAAAUCUGUUACAUCAGUAACCCCUCGCCACAAUAAGCUUCUCUGCCUAAUAAAAUCUUCAUCAAGGUCAAUCAAUGUGCUCCAUUUUGCUUUUGUUUUUUCAGUAGUUUUUAUAUAGAUUUUGACUGUUUUAGCUGUCAAUAUCACAGUCUUAGUUUAUGCUUUUUCUAAUAUAAAUUUCAUUAGCGACAUGAGACUUCCUAUAAAUAUAGGAAAAGCAGCUAAAAAUUUGCAGAGAUUUACAUAUGUUUCUAAAUUAUUUAUGAAUGUCGUAUAUUUACCUGAUAAUCCAGCUUUAAAGCAAAUUUUUGGUGAUGUUCAGAGCUGCUUGACAGAUUUAGAAAAUACAUAUAUUUUAUUUAUUUAUUAAGACUUUACCACCACUGAUCGAUAUCAGGAAUCUUCUCUUUUUUCGUCACUUAGUGCAAUUUUAUGACUUUUGAAUCCUUUUUUAAAUAGAAAAUACAUAUAUAGAUGUGACCACAAAUUUGGAAAAAUGGAAUUAUUGUUCAGGCCAAUAAUAUUAACAUUAAUCACUUUUUCCCAGUCCGCUGACUCCCCUGCGAGCAAACAAAAAAAAAUUUCGCUCACUGAGGGAGAUUUAUAUAAAAGUUCGUUGUUAUGACUGAAUAACUAGCUCCUUCGCUAGCGCUUUCCCACUCGUGAGUUCACUUUUUAUGGCAUCGCGAAGGUUGCUCCUGCUGAUAACAAGGCCUGAACUCGUUGCCUAGUAGUUGAAAGAAUUGAGCCGCUGUGUGAUUCCUGGUUUCAAAGUCUCAAUAGGCCAGGAAAAUAAAUGGCUAAUCCUAAAGUACACAUUACUUUUUUCAGGAUACACAAAAUAGCGACUUGCCUUGCCAGGAGAUCUCGGGUUCAUUCUUAUCUUAUAGAAUCUAGCAGAAAUUUCUGCCUAACGAUCCUUAUGGAUCAUUUUGAACUUAAAAUUGGGUUUUUUUCACCAAAAAUAAGCGAUUUAUACCAAACUGCUUGCGCUUUUUCCUCCUCUUCCAGGUUUUCCCACCACUAUUGGUGUUUUCCCCCUUGACAACUGAAUUUGUCCCCAUUUCUUUAUUUCCAUCGUUUCCUGUGAUUUCCUUGCUUUCUCUGGCCCCCUUGAUUUCUUUGGCUUCUUUGGUUUCUUUGGUUUCUUUGGCUUCUUUGGUUUCUUUGGUUUCUUUGGUUUCUUUGGUUUCUUUGGUUUCUUUGGUUUCUUUGGUUUCUUUGGUUUCUUUGGUUCCUUUGGUUUCUUUGGCUUCUUUGGCUUCUUUGGUUUCUUUGGUUUUUUUGGUUUCUUUGAUUUCUUUGGUUUCUUUAGUUUCUUUGGUUUCUUUGGUUUCUUUGGUUUCUUUGGUUUCUUUGGUUUCUUUGGUUUCUUUGGCUUCUUUGGUUUCUUUGGUUUCUUUGGUUUCUUUGGUUUCUUUGGUUUCCUUGGUUUCUUUGGUUUCCUUAGUUUCUUUGAUUUCUUUAGUUUCUUUGGCCUCCUUCUUUUCUAUGCUGUCGAUUUCGUAGGGUAGUGAUCGAAUUGAAUGAGAGGUCAAUAUCAACUCCCAUUUCAUCCAUCACUAUUCCCUCCAAUCCUCCAACAGCUCGCAGCAAUUCUUGCUCCCAGUCAUCCUCUUCUACUUUUUCUUCAUCCUCUUCAACUUCGCUGUCCUCAGAAACUGUUCCUUCAUCUCCAAGAAUUUCUUCAACUCUAUCCCAAAACUCUUCAUCUCAAAACAAACUGUCUUCACUGUCACUAACACUAUAAUUUGAGUCAAUUUCGUCAAAAGAUCUUGCAUCAAGCUCACAAUCCUUGACUUUUCAUCAAGGCAGAAUAUUUUUUUGCAAUUCCCUUUUGUCUCCAUGAUUCACACAAAUAAAAAGUAAUCCAAAACAGUCACUUUCGAAAAAAGGCAGAAAAAAGAUCAAUGCAGUUUUUUCUGCCUUAGCCCUGUACACCCUGUGGGAGUAGCUGCAAAUUAAGAGGGUGGGCUGAUUCGCCAUGCAAUUUUGCUAUAUAUGCUGCUUCGCCAAAUUGGUCAAACCAGCUUAAUAAAUCCUUAAGCCCUUAUUCCACCUGCGUUAGGUCAUUGUUUUUAUAUCAGGUCGUCCCGACUAGGAGAGUGCCAAUUUAAUGAAUAUUCAGGCCAAAACAUUCUGACUGAAAAAAAACUUAAACAUAUGGAAUGCCGAUAA